AGAGAGUUCUACUUCCGUUCCAAGAUGUCGACCACAACAAAACAGAAGUCCAGCAAUCUCGACAAACCUCUCGGCAGAGGGAAACCAGAGGUGAAUGUAGCCACGUUUGCUCUGCUGUUCUCAGAAAUCGUCCAGUACAGCCAGAAUCGUGUGUACAGUGUAUCAGAACUCCAGAACAAACUGUCAGACAUGGGCCAGCAUGUUGGUUCUCACUUGUUGGAUCUACUGUUCGUCAGGGAGAAAGGCUACAAACGAGAAGUCAAGCUACUCAACAUGCUCCUGUUUAUCAAAAACAACUUUUGGAAGACUCUUUUCGGAAAGCAAGCCGAUACCCUGGAGCACUCGAACGAUGAUGAGAGAACUUAUUACAUCAUAGAAUCCGAGCACCUGGUCAACCGGUUUAUAUCUGUACCUAAAGAUAAAGGCAAAUUGAACUGUGCAGCUUUCACUGCUGGAAUCAUAGAAGCCAUAUUAAACGGUGCCAACUUCCCGGCAAAAGUGACAGCUCAUUGGCAUAAGGGAACAACAUUCAUGAUUGAAUUUGACGAGGCUGUGAUCAUCCGUGAUAAGAUGGUGGAGGGCAAAUGAGUUAAACAUUAUAAACAAGGAGAUGUCUGUCGUGUAGUGUUUUAAUAUACUGUAAAUGUGUUCUAGUGCUGUGAUGUCUGGGUGAGAAUGAGGUUUGGAACUUCUUACCAAGGAUGUCAGAAUCAGUUAAUGUUAAAAAUGUGUCUGGAUGUUUUUAAGUGCAAUUUUAUUGAUAGUCGCUACUAUGUGAUAUAUGAUAAUGUUGUUUUAACAAUUAUUUGAAAUACACAUUGGACUAGGAUAUUUAAUUAUUAUUAUUUUUUUUUUUUUAAGGGAUCAGAAUUGGUAACAGAGUAUGCGUGUAUAAAGGGAAGGGAGAUAACUCUAUUUAAAACAGUCAGCAUGCUACUUUGAACACUUACCAUACCUGGUACAAACUUAAACAAAAAGAAAAGAUGCAAGUUACCUCCCUUUACACAGUUUUGGGCGAUGUCUAUGAUUUUGAUUUAUUUCUAAAAUCAAGCUGUACGCAUUAAUUAUAACUUUUGAGACACUUUUAAUGGAAUUACAGAAUACUUGUACAAGUUGUACAUUUUUGUUUUCAUCUAAGUGUAGAACUGAACAAACUGUUAAUACCAAUUUGAGAUAUAAUUUAAUUAUGAAACUGUGUGGAUGUGAGAGACAUAUGAUUUCAUUCAUUUUAAAUCAUGUAAUAAAUUAUCAUUUCACCCAA